AAAUAGUUGACAUUGUCCGACAUUUUCAAUCAUUAUUUUUCAUCUCCCCGUGAAGGCGUGGUCAUCAUGGAAAAAUUACUUGUGUUCGUAUUUUCCUUCGCAGCAAUUCUCCAAUUAGCAUUCGGCGUUGGAGCGUUAAAACCAAAUUACAUAACUGAGGAAGAGUUCGCCUUUGCUAGAAAGAAUCCAAUUAGGGUGAACAAUUUUACGGCACCACUUGAAUUACCUCCUUAUGGAACGGAAGGGCAAGUCCCACAUCCACGACCCGGAUUUGGACCACGUUUUUGGACUAAUGGUCAAGUCCCUUACACGCUCGACCCUACGUUCACCGACUCUCAAAGAGAACAAGUCGCCAUUGCUUUAAAUACUUAUCAUGAAGCGACUUGCAUUAGAUUCAUUCCAAAAGAAGGUCAUCACACGUCAUGGGUGGACAUUUUACAUGAUCCGACCGUCUGUGGUGUGGCACACGUUUGCAUGAACAAUGGGGCCCAGUUUGCAAAAUUCGGGGGAACUUGCGUCAAUCCGGGCACCAUGGUCCACGAGCUCGGGCACACCCUUUGCAUGGGGCACGAGCAAACUCGCCUCGAUCGAGACAAUUGGAUUGGAUUCAAUACUGCAAUUUGCCAGCCACAUGGUAUUGAUAAUCCUGAUUUUGAUCGAGGUCUGCAUAAGUUGUAUGACUACGUUAGCAUCGAACAUUACGAGGGGGAAUGUUACAGCGGAUGCUUCCAGCCAAAACAGCCAGGUGUGACCAAAUGUGGAUCUGGAGGACCACUGGCUGUUCUUGAUAUUGAAGUUUUGAACGAAAUGUAUGGUUGCAAUUCGGGAUGUCAAGGCUAUCGAUACGUUAACAAGAACAACAACCCGUCCAGCCUAGUUCAGGCUGGGACCGAAUUUAAUGGCGAACCACUUUACUCUUGCAGAGCUUAUCAUCAAGGUGACAUCAUUCCAGGAAAGUAUCAUCAAGGUCGAGGGGAAUGUCACGUCGCUUGGGGAGGUGGGGAGCAUAGCAAAUUUGACAACAUUGAAGUGCUGACGAAUCCGAAUGGUGCCAAUUUUAUCUGGGUAAAUGCUGUAAAUCUCCCUUCGAACGCGGUCCGUGGUGGGAGGACGAAUGAACGCGAGACCAUUUACGUCAUUCAGUGUCAACUUCAAAGUGGGGACCAGACGGUUUGGAUGCCUGGAAAAUUCAUACCAAGUACGGGAGCAUACACCAGUUAUGGAGGACAAGAGAUUCGCUGUGCGGCCGUGCAAUUCCUUGCCUGCAACAAUUAAUUUAUGGAAAUGAUUGCAUGUUUAUGAGAAGAGAAAGCAAUACAUCUCGUAUUUUUGGAAGAA